CCUAUCACCAAGCCCACAUUUAUCAUCAGUUGGAUCUCACGUAGUCAUCCCCGCUGAAAUAACUCAACCAGAACCUUCAAAUUGGUUAACAGAUAACCAAUGGGACAAAAUUGAUCUGAGUCUAAAAUUUAUAGUGAAGGAGUAUUAUUCCAAUAAAGGAAUAGAUGGGGUUGUACAAGUUCCCGUUGACCCGGAGUUUAUAGGAGAACGCGAGGCUAUCUUCAUCACUUCGGAAGACGUUUAUCAAGCAGCCUCCAUGGAUAAUAUUGGAUCCUUAGCUAUGCUGUUUGGUAUGAGAUGCAUUUGGGAAAGCAUGCACCCAAAUUCACGGCAAUUAUAUAAAUUUUUUGACACCGAACAUCUUUCUAUUGGCAAUGAUGAAAGUAAAAACUAUACGGUGGAUCUUAUAGCCAAAUGGAUGAUGACUAUGGAUAGACGAGGCCAAAUAUAUUUCAUUCCUUGGAUUGUUGAUCGACAUUGGAUGUUGGUGCUCGUGAUGAUGCGGGGGAUGACCAUAAUUUUGGACCCUUUAAAAAAUCAUAAAUCUCCACCAAUAAUUACGAAGGUUAAGGAAAAGUAA